AUGUAUAACGCUUGCGGCAGCGGUGGCUCAGGGAGCAGUCUCUACGAUCAGUAUGAUAUGAACGCUCAUGGAAUGAAUCACAACAGAGUCAAAGUGGAAGAUGCCCUCUCGUAUCUGGAUCAAGUGAAAACUCAAUUCGCCGAUCAACCGAAUGUUUAUACUCAGUUUCUCGAUAUCAUGAAAGAUUUCAAGUCUCAAGCCAUCGAUACGCCUGGUGUGAUCACUCGAGUGAGCCGGUUAUUUCACGGAAGAUCUGCUCUCAUAAUGGGCUUCAACACAUUCUUGCCUCCAGGUUUUGAAGUGCAAGUGGUGGGAUCGAAGAUCACCAUCACAGAGCCUAGCGGGAAUAAACAGGUCAUUUUCAACAAUCCGGAGGCAGAGCGUGUCGUUGAAGAAAAACCGGCAGUGGUUGAAAUCCCUCAACCGUGCCCGCCAGUGAUUGAACCUGUCGAAAGUACUCAUGGCACUCCAACACCUGCAGCACUUGCUCCAUCACCUAGUGUGGCCAGCACUCCUAUACUAAACACCAGUAGUCAAGAUAUCAAUGAAGCCAUCAGCUACGUCAAUCGAAUAAAGGCAAGAUUCGCCAACCGGCCGAUUGUAUAUAAGAAAUUCCUCGACAUCUUGCAUUCGUAUCAGAGGACGGUAGAUCAACAGGCUCGCACUCCCCAGAGAGAAAAAGCAGUGUUAGAUGCGGUGACGUCAUUGUUCGGUGAUGAGCCGGAUUUAUUGGAUGAGUUCCGAAAUUUCCUACCUGGUGUUUAUGGUUUUCGAGAUCCCUCAGAAGCUUUGUUCGAUGGUGAACCGAAGGAGACUGAAGCAACUAUUUCAUCGGAUUCUGAAGAAUACCCAUCAAAGAUGGAAGUUUCGGACUCUGACCCGGAUAUGGAAACUAUGCCGAAGCGAAAACGCAGAUCAAGGGCUUCAGCGAGCACGUCGAAGUCUAAGUCGAGUUUCGAUCCCGUUUGGAAGAGGGAAGUGGAUGUCAAAGAUAUAGCUCUUUGUGCAACUAUUGAAGACAUCAUAUAUUUUGACAAUAUCCGCCGCUCCCUUGAUUCGCAAAAAUACCAGACAUUUUUGCGCGCUCUCAAUCUUUACAGUGCAAAUAUAGUAUCUGCUACUGAACUUUUGACUAUGCUGGAGGCUAUUUUCGGUCACCAAAAGCACCUUCUUGAUGGUCUUCGAAAAAUUCUAGGAGUGGAAAGUGAAUCUAGUAGUGCAUCGACAGCUGCUGCCUCUAUAGAACAACGCUUUCCUAGUGAUCUUGCCCAUCAGAUUGACUACUCAAGUUGUAAACAACUUGGAGUUAGUUACAGGAGCCUUCCUGACAGCUUCAAGCGACCUGUCUGUUCUGGUAGGACACCGCUGUGUGAUGAGGUGCUGAACGAUACCUGGGUAUCAUUCCCUUCAUGGUCUUCCGAAGACUCUACCCACGUAUCUUCCAAGAAGACGCAAUACGAAGAGUUUAUUUAUCGAACCGAAGAUGAACGAUUUGAGUUGGAUAUAAUAAUCGAUGUGAACAAAUACGCUAUCGAGUCGUUGGAACUUGUGCGGCGACGCAUGGAACGAAUGCCACCAGAGGAACUGGACAAGUUUCGUUUGGAUGAGAAACUUGGUGGUAGUUCACCUUCUUUGAUGUUGCGUGCCAUCAAGCGGAUAUACGGCGAGCAUGCGUCCAAGAUCACGGAGGGCAUCAAGCGGAAUCCUUCCAUGACUAUUCCAAAGGUGUUGGACCGAAUGCGAGACAAAGAGAAGGAAUGGCGAGAGGCACAAGUUGCCAUGAACAGGCAAGGAUCGAACUUUUCUUCGAGUAAUCUUAAUGUUACAAGUAGAAAUAUCUUCUCAUUUCUAAGGAUAUGGCGUGAGCAGAAUGAGAAGCAUAUGAUGCGUUCACUUGACCAUCAAACAAAUGCGCUACGGAACAGUGACUCGAAAUGGAUCAAAGCAAAGGCUCUUCUUCAUCACAUAGAGGUUAUGUUCGACGAAAGACAGCAAAAGUCCGAAGAAGGUCGUUGUGAAGAUGUCGGUCCGCAUUUGAUAAUGUUGUAUCCUGAACAGAGGUCUAUCAUACAUGAUGUUUCGAAUUUAAUUCUACAUUAUGUGAAGCGGCAGUCCAACAUCCAUAAGGAAGAGAAGAACAAGAUAAAAACAAUCCUGCGCCGAUGUGUAACGGAGUGGUUCGGUGUCGACGACGAGGAGAUGAGUGACGGUGAGGAAAACAGCGAUCCAUUGCUCUUCACUACUGGGCCGCCCAGAAAGCGCAAAUUAACGGAUGCCCCAGAUGAUGAACCACCGAAGCUGAUUCCUACCGCGCAUUAUCGUAUUGUCUAUGGAGGCAACUCACUGUUCUUAUUUUUCCGCGUUCAUCAAAUGAUAUGCGAUCGACUUGGUAAAAUGAAAGCGAAACAUGCGGAGCAAAUGAAAGAUUAUGAGGAAGAGCUGAAAGUUGCUGCCAUGCAACAAGAGUUGUACAAAAUUCACGGGAAGGGAUUUGGAAGUCAUGAACUCAACGCCAGUGAUACGAAUAAUGGAUUAGACAUAAUAAAGAAUCCUCGUCGAUCUCCUGCUAACAACUACACUGAUCUCCUUUGUAUAAUAAAAAGCCUUUUAGAUGGAAACAUCGAUCCCAAUACUUACGAGGAUAAUGUUAGGUUACUGUUUCCAAUAGACGGGUAUUUGGUAACAACUAUUGAUAAACUCAUAGCUAUGGUUGGACGACAGUUGCAUUUCCUGGCCACAGGUGCUGAAGGGCUUGAAACGAUGAAACUUUAUCAGCGUUUUCGUUAUGAUCUGCCUCUAUCAGUGUUCAAUCAGUCGGCUAGAAAAACAAGGGUCGAGGAAGAGUACUCACGUGCUGCAGAAACGUUUUUCAAUUGCCAAAAUUGUUUUAAAAUAUACGUCAUUUACGAGAAGAAACCCGUAGUGACUAUAGAACUUGUAGACACAGAAACUGAAAUAACGGCGAUGGAGAAAAUAUUCAACCCUAACGGCGAGGCUACAGCAGAUGGUAGUACCGAUGACGAUUCCGACCACAACGAGGAGACCGAUGAAGAUCAGCGCAGAAAUGGUACGACAGUACGGGCGGCGACGAAUGGUUUGUCCACCAAAAAAGAUGGAAUUACUGGUGUAGCAGGACCUUCAACGAGGAGUACUUCAAGGGUUACAGUAAAACGAAGUGUGUCCACAUCCGCUCAUGAAUAUGCUCCGUACAAAGUGUCAAGUUUUACAGGUCGCCUCUUCCUCAGGCGAAAUGCCCGCAUGCGGAAUCCUGAAAUUGCUGGGGAUUUUGUUUUAUUUCUUCUCCUUCUUUUGUAUGGGAAGGAAUCGUUCGCCGCAAUCGGGGACGAGGAUUGGCCAAAAUUGGAGCGUAUGCACUACAUCCGGAAAUGUCGAGCCAGAGAUAUGUUUGCGGAAGAGCACGGUGUCACAUGGUUAGCUAAAGGAAUGCAAAAAGUUACGUCACAUCAUCCAGUGUAUGAGUUUCUCCAAUUUAACAGAUAUUUGUUGAAAAAUACUGCAUAUCAGUCUCGCUCCAAGUCUUCUAAUGUUAGUUAA